AAACCAAAACAUAUGAUCGUAUCAAAUCUUCUGUGUUUCUCUUUUUUUGUUUUUUACGAGUUGACAUUGACAGCGAUAAACCUGGGGAUCUCUUGAAAUUACCAAUUAUGCUUGUACUCGUAAGUGAUUCAUUCUACAAUGAGUGACAAUCCAGCAGCAGGGAAUCCGGAACCUGCGAGGGAAAAUCCCUCCGGAGAAGCAGAGACUCGACGAGUGGUUGGCCUGCCCCUGGCCCUGAGCCAGCUGGGCAGGGUUCACCGGUCCAUCAUGUCGCGACCAGAAAUAUUCAGCUCGGUCUUCAACGAGCUGCGAUCGGAGCGGAGGCAAAACAAUAAUCCUCCAAGGGAACCUCCCGAGGAAGGCGUCUCCGUGUCCAUCGACAUGGGCCGGACAGAGGAAGGCGCUGACAAUGCGGCCGAGGGCCCCACCAGACUCAACCCUGAGACCAUUGCCAUGAUGGCCAUGAUGCAGAGAUACCUGCCCUUUGUCCUAAUUCUCCUCGUCAAGCUCCUGUUCGACCAUGGAAUCGGCAUCCUUGUGGGCUUGGCCCUGCUCAUCACAUUUUCACACGCCAACAGCAGAUUGAAAAGGGAAGUGGGGCUGCAGGCUAGGAGCAGCAUUUCUGGACUGGUGUUUCUCCUCAUCCACAUUCUUUUCUGCAUUGUUUUGUUUUACCUGGUUUUUGCUGACGAAAUCCUUUACUCCAGUCUCUGGUUGGCCCCCACAUUCCUGCCAACCUCAUUUCCAGACCUGCUCUGGGUUGUCUUGGUCACUGACUCUGUGCUCAAGCUCAUCACUGUCGAGUGCAAGGCUGUGCUUGCCAUCCUUCCUGCCACCACCAUUGCCUUUGCUAAAAGGGGAAAAGUUUUCCUGUCGAUCGAAGCCACAUCCCAGUUGUACCGAGCGGUCGCACCAGUCCAGGCGUGGCUGUACUACCUGGUCAACUCGUACGAAGGGGUCUACCGAGUUUUGGGCUUCACCCUGGCCUCCGUUUACGUCCUCUGCAAGUUUUGGGAGUUGCUGGCCCGCUACAAAAUGUGGCACUCGUCUGUCCAACAGCUGUUCCGCCACUCCGCCCUGGGCGAGGCGCCAACAGCUCAACAGUUGGCUACGGCUGGAAACAUGUGCACCAUUUGCCACGACGAGUUUUCCGAGCCGGUGGCCUUGCAGGUGUGCGGCCAUGUCUUUUGCGAGUCGUGUUUGACUACUUGGUGCGACCGGGAGCAGAGUUGUCCCCUUUGUCGAGCCAAAGUUGGCACCGACCCUGCUUGGCGCGACGGAAGCACCUCCUUUUUCCUCCAACUCUUCUAGCCAAAACAAUGACUCAGUAAGAGCGGAUUAUUCUUGCUGUUCAAAAAAGUGGCAAUCAUGCAAUUACUGAUCAAUUAUUAUUUAACCAUUACAAAAAUUUAUCUUCUCUAUGAUGCAAGCUGGAGUUUGAAAAUCCUCUGAUAAACCAAAUUUCUAAGUUGACUCGAGAUGCUGGAGAACCUUAAGAAGAUGGAUUCUCUACAAUCGUUUUUAGCCGAAGACUGUGAGGCCUAAUUUGCUGGAAUGGUGAAGUGAGAGCAAACCGUUGAGUGGGUCAAGACUGUCUCAUCACAGCCAGUGCAAAUGUGAUAAAAAAAACGAGUCUUGUCAAAAGAUGAGUUAAAAAUGUGGUGUGUGUGGGAGAAAUUUUCAUAUUGUUGUGAAAUUGAGUAUAAUUGUCAGAAAUAUUCUUGUAACACCUAUGUUAUGUUGUAAUUGCAAAUUACACAAGUAAUAAAUAUGCAAAUAAAAAUAUUGCUCAUAUUUGUUAUUCAGAUUCUGA